AUUUUAUAAUACCUCGAACAUCAAUAUGGCGAAUUCUCUAGCUUCCGGUCUGCACGACCUUCACCUCAACCCGGAGAACAAUAUCCCAGCCGAUGUCGAAUCCCCACUGCUCGCAUUAGACCAAGAUUCAGAGACCCGAUCCACAGAGCUAAAAGCCACAAUUACCAACCUCAUCCAACGCUGCAAAACCCUCUACUCAGAAGUCCAAACCUACAUAACCGCCGUCGACGCUAACCAAAAACUCGCCAAAAAUCACAACCCCGUCGAAUACCGCAGUCUGCGCAACGACUUCAAAAAUGAGCUCUCAUUCCUCACCAAACUCGUUGACGCAAAACUACCAGAAGAAAAGGCUCAGCAUUACAUCGUGUCCUCAAACUUGGUGUAUUAUGAAGCCCUCUGGGAUGCCGCGAAACGCUCGUUGGGGUUGCUUAGUUUCCGGAAAUACUUCUUUUGGAAUCGCCGACAGGAGGACCAUGGCGCUGCGUACACGGGUCUAAGUCUGGGAAAAGGAAGUCAGGUGAAAGGAAAGAAUGCGGCGUUGGUAGAUAUUGUUGCGGGGGAUGGGAUGGAGUGGAUUCGCGUGUCGACUAUCUCUGAGAAGCGGCUCCUCUUCGAUCUCGCGAAGCUGGGUUGGCAGAAUGACUCAGACGAUGACGAUGAAGAUAUGCCCGAUGCGCCGGCGAGUAGCUGGGAAGACGGUGAUGACGAGGAUCAAGUCGACAUAGUCAAGAGUGCUCGCGAACUCGCUCGAGCAGCGCGCGCGAAUCCGAUAUGUGGACGUCCACCAAAAGUACGGUUUGUGUUGACGAGGAUAUCGUCUAGAAAACUAAAAGAAGUCGACACCGUGCUCGACAAAAUCAGGGCCACGGGCGCAAUCGUGGAGUGCGCGAACGAACUCUCCGCGCCCCCAUUACUAUCCACUGUCCUGCCAAACCUACUCGUCGACCGCUCGCGUAUUCUCUCUCAGGUCCUCAAUAUCGACUGCACAAUCCUCCUCGCCCUCAUAUCCGAUAUCUCGCAUUCCGAAUGUCCAGUCCUAGACUGGUACCCUACCGAAGUCCGGGCCCAGAUCAAAGAAGAAGCAGCAGAGAAACUCCUGCCAACCCAUCUUUACCCCGCAAUCGGUUCGCACCCUAUGGUCUGUACACAAGAAGCCGCCGACCAAAUGAAUCUCAUCGUCGACACGCUCGCAACUGACACCGAGAAAACCCGAGCGAACCUUCUCCUCGCUCAAAACGACCGUGUCUCUUCAUCACCUGCUUCAUUACUUCAAGGCUGGGCUUUAAUAUCCGACCACCCCGUCCCCAAAAUGCUCCAGCUCCCCAUCAAAGUUGUGCCAUCCAAUCUCCCAGCUCUGACACCCCGACUCCCGAAAGUCGCCCAAAAAAUCGGAAAAGAGCUCAGUCCGCUGAACCAGGCGAUAUUCUUCUACGGCUGGGCUGAAGGUCUCACGACGUUGAGCUCGAACCGUACGAGAGCGAGGCAGAUCGAGCAUGCCAUCAACGAAGAGGGGCUGGAAGAUGGUGAGGCGGGACCGCAUAUCUGGCUCUGUGGGGAGAUCGUAAUAGGAGUAUCUGGUAUGCUCGCAGAGCUACCGAUGAUCGUCAGGGAUAAGAGCCAUACCCUGUGUUACUUCCUGGGAAUAUCGCUGGGAAGUGCUGGUGUAGUGGAGGAAAGCAGAAAUAGGAGGAUUGGACUCUCGCUUAUCUUAAUGAUCUUCGGUACGAGUGAUUCGGCCCCGGGUAUGGCCAUGGAGUCUGAAUACGGGUUCGUCGAGGAGAAAGACCGAACGUGGCUUGAAUACAGGGGCAAGCACCAUGUCAAGCAAGGACACCCGUAA